AGUAUCAUACAGCCUUAACCAACAUGAAGUUUCUAAUUCUCGCCGCUCUGGCCGCCGUGGCCGCUGCCGACACGCAGGGAUACGGUGCUCCCCCGCCUCGUUACGGCUCCAGCGAGGAGAUCGCCAUUUUGAGGGACGAGCGCGUGAUCGAGGACGACGGAAGGUAUAACUUCGACAUGGAGACUGCCAACGGCAUCGUGUUUACAGAGCACGGCACUCCCGGAGAGAAGGGAGCCGUCAACAGUGCCGGAUCCUUCUCAUACACCGCCCCUGACGGCACUGACGUCCACCUUCAGUACGUUGCUGACGGGAACGGCUUCCAGCCUCAGGGCGCCCAUCUGCCAGUGGCCCCCGAGUUCCCCCACCCCAUCCCUCAGUUCGUCCUCGACCAGAUCGCCUUCGCCGCCGAGGAGGACGCCCGUAACGCCAAGAGGCCCUCCGGUGGUUACCAGUGAUUAAAUAGGAGAUUAGAAGAGACGAAUAGGAUUCGACAUGACCUUGUACAUAAAUAUCUAUAGUGUAUAUUUAUUGUUUGAUUAUUAAAUAUUAAGUCAU